CACAAACCAAUAUAAUUUGAGAAAGAGAUUCUUGCCGACCUCACACAUGCGAAUCAUCAAAGGCAAAACCAAUCAGCAUUACGUGAGCCCGCUGCGAGUCCUUGAGCAUGUCGGCAUGUUGGCGUAUAUGCCCACCACAUCGAAGAUUUAUCCUGUCAUUACGUACGGAUGAUCCGGAAACCCACCUACUUCCCUCUUUUGCAUUACUAGAAAUGCAAUGGAUCCUACAUAGAGUGCUAGCGAUGAGUGGAGCUGCGAAGUUCGCGACAUCGGAUGGUGGUGUCUUUAAUGUCGAAAUUUAUAUCCCCGUUUCGGAUGAGGAGCUGAGAAGCUUAGAACGCAUGCAGAGUGUUUCCGAGCAUAAGGAAGAUUCAAUCGGUUUUCGAGAUGCCAUUACGAGCAAAGCGCGACAAAAUGAAUCAAAAUGAAUCAAAAUGAAUCAACUUCAGCCCCGGCUAUGCGCAGCAACAGCAACAGCUAACUUAGGCCGACCUUACUGCAUUGAAAUAGAGAGUCCAAAUGCCAACGAUUCGCUUGGCUAGUUUGAAGGAUACACGGUAAUCGAAGACGCAUUUUGCAUUUUCCCAUACCUACAACAUCAUCUCAACUGUGAAA